AGGGCACUAAAUGAGAAUAUGGCCAAUGGCAUUGAAGAUCUUAUCGGGAUCCCAUUCCCGAACCACAGCAGUGAAGUAUUAUGUGGUUUAAAUGAGCAGCGGCAUGAUGGUCUCCUCUGCGACGUCAUCCUCAUUGUAGAGGACCAGGAGUACCGGACCCAUCGGUCGGUCCUUGCUGCCUGCAGCAAGUACUUCAAAAAACUCUUCACUACUGGCACUUUAGCAGAACAGCCCUACAUUUACGAGAUUGACUUUGUCAAGCCUGAAGCACUUUCUGCCAUCCUCGAGUUUGCCUACACCUCAACCCUCACCAUCACCACCUCAAAUGUUAAGCACAUCCUCAGCGCCGCCAAGAUGCUGGAGAUCCAGUGCAUUAUCAACGUAUGCCUUGAAAUCAUGGAGCCUGACAGAGAGGUGGAAGAGGAAGAUGACAAAGAUGGCGAAGAUGAUGAUGAAGAAGAGGAGGAAGAGGAGGAGGAGGAAGAAGGGGAAGAUUUUGUCAAUCAGGAGAACCUAACUGAUGUCCAAGAAGUAAGCUGUCACCAAAGCCCUUCUAAGCCUGAUCUUACCCAAGAAGCAUAUAUAGAGGCUCCUAAAGACUUUCCAAAUCACUACCCAGCCAAUAACCCUGCUGGACACUUGGGCAUGAUACGAGACUUCUCCAUCGAGUCUUUGCUAAGGGAAAACUUGUACCCUACAGUGAACAUCACGGAAAGGAGGCCAGUUCUCUCUCCUUUCACUCCUAGCUUCCUCCCCCAUCUAUGUAAUGGUGAUUUUAGCUCUUUCCCCCAACUCGAGGAGCCACAGAUAGACAACAGUCCUUUGGAUCUGGUAAUCAAAAAGAGGAAGAUCAAGGAAGAGGAGGAGAAGGAAGACCUACCUCCGCCUCCUUUCCCUAAUGACUUCUUCAAGAACAUGUUUAUCAACGCGCCAGCAGCUCCCUUAGGGCAUAUUAAGGCAGAGACUGACUAUAGUGCUUAUCUCAAUUGCCUAAGUGCUACUCAGUUUGGAGGAGUUUUUCCUCCAUGGCCCCUGGAAGAAGAGAGGAAGAUAAAGCCCAAGACAUCCCAGCAAUGUCCUGUGUGUAAUAAAGUCAUCAUGGGAGCUGGCAAGCUGCCCAGGCACAUGAGGACCCACACAGGAGAGAAGCCCUAUAUGUGCAAUAUCUGUGAAGUCCGCUUUACCAGGCAAGACAAGCUCAAAAUCCACAUGCGGAAGCACACAGGGGAGCGCCCGUACUUGUGCAUCCACUGCAAUGCCAAAUUUGUGCACAACUAUGACCUGAAGAACCACAUGCGCAUCCACACGGGCAUCCGGCCCUACCAGUGUGAGUUCUGCUACAAAAGCUUCACCCGCUCCGACCACCUCCACCGCCACAUCAAGCGCCAGAGCUGCCGGAUCGCGCGACCCCGGCGAGGACGCAAGCCGGCGGCAUGGAGGGCUGCUGGCUUGCUCUUUACUCCUGGUGGCCCGCCGGUGGAGAAUAGCUUCAUGAUGCCGCCAACGUUGGAGGAGAUGAGUGGCCACCUCAGCAGUGCAGCCAUGUGCCUUCCUGGCCCCAGCCCCAGGCACUUUCUGAGUGAGGCCAACACCUCCUUCAGCCUGCAGGAGCUGGAGAGCCAGUUUGAAGAAACCCAGAUGAACCUCUUCAGGCGAGCCCAGCUGGACUUGGAGAGGAAUGCUGGCAUCUUCGCCUUCACUCUGGGCCAUAAUGAAAAUCUCGCUGCCCAGCCCUUCUUCUCCCUCCCUGAUCCUUGGAGCACAGGCUUCAGUGGGUUGGCAGGGCUCAGCCACAUGCCUCCUAUCUCAGAGGCAAGCAACUAA